AUGGGCUUCUCAGGUCCUUCCAAAAUCCAAGAAAAGGCCCUCCCACUCCUCCUUGCUACUCCACGGAACAUGAUUGGCCAAUCACAAUCAGGCACUGGCACAAAGGCUGUAUUUGUAUUGACCAUGCUAUCAGGUAUCGAAUAUGCAGUAGAUAGACCACAAGCACUGUGUCUUGCACCUACUCAACUGUCAUGUUAUGAUUUCAAAUCGGUCAACGUGUUUGUAUUGAAUGAGGUUGAUAAUAUGUUGGAUCAGCCAGGAUUGGGAGAGCAGUCUCUUCGUAUUCGACGAGACAUUCCACGUACAGCACAGAUACUAUUCUUCUCAGCUACAUUCACACCAGAAAUCCGAGAAUUUGCAUGCAAAUUCCCUUCAAAAGCACACGUCCUCUCUCUCAAACCUGAAGAAAUGUCUAUUGAUGGAAUCAAACAAUUCUACAUGAAGUGUAAAGAUGAACUCCACAAAAUCGAACUUUUGCAAGAUGUCUAUGGAUUCAUGACUAUUGGACAGAGUAUUAUCUUUGUCAAGAGGCGAGAGACAGCAGAUCUCUUGUCGAAGCGCAUGAUAGAAGCAGGACAUACCGUCAUUCAUCUACGUGGCGGUAUGUCUCCUGAAGAUCGAGACGAUGUGAUGGACGACUUUAGGAAGGGUCGUGCCAAAGUCUUGAUUUCCACCAAUGUCAUUGCUAGAGGCAUUGCUGUGCUUCAAGAAACGUUGGUCGUGAACUUUGAUAUGCCUUUGGAUGCUGGUAAACAUAAACUUAACUGCACAGGAUUGGAAGGACGAGACGAUUUGGAAGUACGGGAGUUGCCAUCAACGAUUGUACAAUGA